AUGUCCUCUCUCCUCCCCGCAGCCAUCAAGGGAUUCUGGGCCACCUGCCCUUCCUUCUCCACCUUCUACUUCCUCUUUGCCAUUUUUGUGGUGUCCACCAUCUUUCACUGCCACCAGCGCCUGGCUCUGGUGCCCGCGCCCUGGGCAUACUCAGCCCAUGUGGUCCUGGCCCCGAGACACCUCCCCCGAGAGGGGCUGUUCACUAUCAACUCCAAGGGCCGCUUGGGGAACCAGAUGGGUGAGUACGCCACGCUGUAUGCCCUGGCCAAGAUGAACGGGCGGCCCGCCUUCAUCCCAGCCCAGAUGCACAGCACCCUGGCCCCCAUCUUCAGAAUCACCCUGCCGGUGCUGCACAGUGCCACGGCCAGCAGGAUCCCCUGGCAGAACUACCACCUGAACGACUGGAUGGAGGAGAAGUACCGCCACAUCCCUGGGCGCUAUGUCCGCCUCACAGGCUACCCCUGCUCUUGGACCUUCUACCACCACCUCCGCCACGAGAUCCUCCAGGAGUUCACCCUGCACGACCACGUGCGUGAGGAGGCCCAGAAGUUCCUGUGGGGCCUGCAGGCCAAGUGGGCAGGGCAGGCGACCUUCGUGGGGGUCCAUGUGCGCCGGGGGGACUAUGUCCAUGUCAUGCCGCGUGUAUGGAAGGGGGUGCUGGCCGACCGGGGCUACCUGCAGCGGGCCCUGGACUGGUUCCGGGCCCGCUGCCACCUCCCGGUCUUUGUGGUCACCAGCGAUGACAUGGCCUGGUGCCGGGACAACAUCAACAGCUCCCUUGGGGACGUGGUGUUCGCUGGCAAUGGCCUCCAGGGCUCACCUGCCAAGGACUUCGCGCUGCUCACACAGUGCAACCACACCAUCAUCACUGUGGGCACCUUCGGGGUCUGGGCCGCCUACCUCGCCGGUGGGGACACCGUCUACCUGGCCAACUUCACCCUGCCCAACUCCCCCUUCAACAUGGUCUUUCGGCCACAAGCGGUCUUCCUGCCACAGUGGGUGGGCCUUGCGGCUGACCUUGGACAGGCUGGACAGAAUGGCCUCUAG